AUGGAAUUGCGUCAGCAGCAAACUCCGAUCGAACAAUUUCAGAAACUCUCACUUAUACCGCAUGCAGAAUAUAAGCAAAUAUCUGCUAAAAAAGAGAAGUUUGGAGUAACCGCUGACAAACUUCUAUCUGGAUAUCCAACAUCGGAUAGCUAUGAACGGAAAUCACUGGACGGUUUAAACAUUCGCACAGUCCAGAAAUCCAUCUUCAAGUCGGAUAUCACGAAACAAUCACCUUUCAAAAAAGCAUGCACUUCUACCAAUGGAUCGUCAUCUGCAAGCAUCAUAAAUUCAAUUACUGAUGAAAUGUCAGAAAUAAAUGAGGAAAAUAUAUUUGAUAUGGAUAAUUCUGAAGGAAGUUCAUCUUUAAGAAGUCGAGACUCUUCCAGAAGACUCAUGAAACAUAAUUCUGCAAAAAUUGCAAGCGAUAAUAACAGUAGCAUCAGUAACUCAUCAAAUGUCAGUUCAUCACUACCUGCUAAACGAUUGAUGCAAACGAAACAAUAUAUACCGCAACCAGUGAUCCAGGAAAAUGAAUAUGAGAGUACAAAUACCAGUGAAAUUAGCAGUAAGACGAUUUCUUCGUCUACGAUGAGGACAAGUGAAAGAUAUAAAUCUUAUGAGACGAAAAAGCAUGAAAGAAAAAAGAAAUUGAAAUAUUCAAACAAAAACCAAAACAAUAUGAACAACGUUAACACUGGAUUUAAUAAACUAAAUUCUGAAAGUAUCCAAAUAUAUCAAUCGAGAAGCAGUUGCAGUGCAGAUAGUCAAAGUUCUCGGGAAUCGAAUAUUCUGAAUAAAAAGUCAUAUAAAGUUAAAAGCAAGCGAUCAAUUAUCUAUAUGAACAGUUUAGCAAAUAUCGAAUAUGAUGAUGAUGGUUUUGAAAAAUCCGAGAAAUCCAAUAUCUUAUGGGAUCAUUCUAUGCCAAAACAUACAAAUUUAUUAGCAGAUAUUGAUAAUUGCUCAAGAAAAAGCGAACAUGUUGGAAAAAAAUGUUUUAAAAGUGUUGCAGUACAAACAAUUCAUUCAGAAUCAGAUAGUGAUGACCUCUUAUCUCCUCUGUUUACUCCUCUUCUAUUAAAAAAUAUUGAGGAAAAUAUGAAAGGAAUGAAUGAAAAAGAAAUUAUUUCCACAAUUAUACAAACACACGUGAAAUUGAUCAAAAGACAAGCACAACGUGAAAAGCGAAUAUUGGACGAAUGGAAUUCUGUUAUUAGCGAUCUGGAAGAAUGA